AUUAACAAAUUGAAGAAAGACCUAGACAUAAAAGUUUCCUCUCUUGUCUUCUGAAUUCUAACAAGAAAUCAAGAAAUGGAUCAUGGAGAAAUGAGCACCAAGGAAACUACGAAUGUGAAGCUUAUACCCGGGUACGAAAAUGUGAUGGAGCUCGUGCAAAGAAGAGAAGAGAUGAAGACUAAGAUUUCCAGUCCUCAAGACGACGAAUUUGAUAUUAUAAUGGAAGUAGGAAAAAAGGAAGAUGUGAAGAUGAAAGUGUUCAUUGGAGAAAAGGAGUCUGAAGACAUACACUUGGAGGAAUUGAUUGAGUUCAGUAGAAAGCUUGAAGCUCUUCACCCAAAGGUGAAAACUUCCGAGGUUCCUCCUCUUGACCUUUCUUUUAAAGAUUCUGUUGCUGGUUUUGAUUCCCUAGACUUGUUUUGGAGAACUCCGAGUUUUGAGCAACUUAGAGUGGAAUUAUCCGAGGAACCUCUUGAUCUUUAUUUGAAAGAUUCGUUCAAUUCCAUCGGCUCUUUACGUCAUGUUUAUGUGGCUACUGAGCCAGAAUGGGUUGUUUCUGAGCCAUUUGUGCCUGUUUCUUGUGCCACCGUGAGUUUCAAUGAAAUGGAGGUGAAGAAGAGAGAUGAUCAAAAACAUAAGGGUGAGAAGGCCAAAAAGAAAACUCCUAAUGAUGGAAUCUUGAGCAUUUCUUCUUCAAGAAGAGCUGAAGAGAAGAAGAGUGAUGAUGAAGAUGGCAAAGAGGGCGACGAUAAGAGAGAGCUUCCUCUAGUUCCAUCUGUGAAUCUUGAGUCUUCGGUGUUAGAAGAAGAAGUGCAGAAGAAUAUGGCAACAAAGAGAACAAGUGAAGAGACAAAAACGUGUAGCACAAGUAACAAGAAGAAUAAAAACGAAGUGGUCAAAACCGUUUUAAACCAACCCAUUGGAGGUAUAGUUGGUCUCAGUGAGUUUCCUCAAGUUAUUGAGGAGCAUUGUUCUCCUCCCAAUGUACCACCACUUCCCAACCUCAAUCUCAAAACACACCCGCAGCCUCACCUCGGUGGUAGAGUUCGAAAGGAGCAGCCUUGAUAGCUGACUGAAUUUGAAGUUUUGAAGGCAACUACUCUCGCAAAGGGAAUGAGGACAUAUGAUGAAGUUUUAAUUUGUGCGGUUGUACCAUCCAAGAAGUUACCCAAUGUUUUACUCUACGAGGAUGAUGGUGUUCUUGUCUCAGAUUGUGGUUUGGUCAUUUGAUUUUGCAGCAAAGACGAGGCUUUUUCCCUUAUGUUUCUGUUUGUUUGUGAAUUGGCUCUUGAGGAGAAGAACGUCAAUGUGCUUGCUUAC